AUGCGUCGCACGCGUGAUGAAAACGAGGAAGCUCCGAGCGAAGAGCGGGCACAGAAGAAAAUGCUAGAACUCAAUCAGGAGGGGAAGUACUUUGACUUCACUUUCACAGUCCAGGAUGAAAAUUUCUAUGUUAGCAAGCUCGUGCUGUCUACUAUUUCUCCAUACUUUGCAAACAAGUUCGAGGCAGACUGGAAAUUAGAAGAUUCGGUGGAUCUGAAGCAAAAGCACAGCGUCGAAGCCUUCUCGACUAUGAUUGAGUACAUAUACACCUACAACUAUGAGCAACAUACCGGCUGGCUCUUUGAUUUCGAACCUUCCGAAUUGGUAGCUUUCCAUUUUGAACUUUGCCACAUGGCUGAAGAGUACGAGGUCCAUAGUCUCAAAGAGCAAGUGCUGGCGGAUCUUCCCUCCGCCGUCAAAACCUUAGACUGUCCAGUAGACUUGUACGAUCUGCUGGUGGGCGGCCAAUACAUCUCUGACUCGGAAUCGGGUAAGCUCUUUGUGGCCACCGUCGCGGAUAACUUCCACAUCAUGGAUGCUUUUGCAGACCUGGACAGAGUGAAGCUGUUCCUGGCUAAAACACCUAUCUUCGCAGCCGACCUAAUCUCUGAGCUCAUGGAGAGAAGAAUGUUAAAUGACCACUGA